AUGAAAUAAAAAAAAGCUUAAGAUUGGGAUUGGAAUAAGAAGGGCACUCUUAUUUAUGGGACUAUUGUAAUAAUAACAUUUAAUUUAAGGAUUUUAAACCAUAACCCUUGGUUUUAGGGUUUGAUAUGGAUGAAACCUUGAUUAAAACUAAAACUGGAAAAAAGUUUGCAAAGGAUGCUAAUGAUUGGCAAUGGUGGAAUCCAAAAGUAAUUCCCACAAUUUAAGAAUACUCCAAAUAAGGAUACUCUAUAGUAAUAUUUACUAAUCAAAAUGGUAUAGAAAAGGGACACACAAAAGAAUCUGAUAUAAAAACAAAAAUUGAAUCUUUAUAAAAAGAACUUAAGAUACCUUUAGCUGCAUUCAUAGCUUCAAGUGAUGAUAAUUACAGAAAGCCUCGAGUAGGUAAUACUCUAAAAUUAAAAUUAGAUAUGUGGACAGAUUUCUAGGAAUUAACAGGAACUAAAGCAGACAUGAAAAAAAGUAUUUAUUGUGGAGAUGCUGCAGGAAGAGUUAAAGGGAAAAUAAAAGACUUUACAGAUACAGAUUUGUAUAUAUUAUUAUAUGAUUAUUUAAGGAAAUUUGCAUUAAAUUUAGGUUUGAUAUUUAAGACUCCAGAACAAUUAUUUUUAAAGGAGGAUGUUGAUGAAGAUUAUUCAAAAUCACUUGGAUUUAAUCCUAAGAGUAUUCCUAAAGAUGGAUUCUUAUUUAAGGAAUAAAAUGUUAACAAAUUUACAAAACCUGACAAACCAGAAAGUAAGUUUUAGUAAUAUUUUAAGUGAUCAUUAUGAUAGGAGCACCUGGAUCUGGUAAAUCAACAUUUGUUCAUAAUCAUUUAAAUGAAUAUACUAGAGUUAAUAGAGAUGCUUUAAAAACUAAAGAAAAAUGCCUUAAAGUUGCAGAAUAGGCAAUUUAAGAAAAGAAAUAUAUAGUAAUUGACAAUACCAAUCCAACAGUUGAAGAUAGAGCAGCAUUUAUUAAAUUAGCUAAAGAUAAUAAAUAUCCAGUUAGAGCCUUUUUCUUAAAUGUUUCUAAAGAUUUAUGUCUACAUAAUGAUACAUAAAGAGAUACUAAUAAUUUUAGAGAACACUUUUCAAAAAAAGUUGGAAAAAUGCCCAUUAACAUGAUCUAUUCAAAAAUAAAACCACCUACUUAAGAUGAAGGAUUUUCUGAAAUUCUUACUAUUAACUUUUUAGCUGGACCAUUUAAAAAUAAGGAUGAUGAAGAUGCUUUUUAUAGUUUUGUUCAUGGAAAAAAUUGA